AUGUAUCCUUAUAAACAAAAAUGCCAAACAUCCCCAAUGGUAGUCCGUACAAGUCAAGGCCACUCAAGUAGGAAAGUUUUUGAUAUAAGAGAUGGAACUUCAUUAGGAAAUCUUCUCAGAGACUAUGCUAGGGCAUUUAAGCUAUAUCAUAUUGACAUGGAGAAUGUAAGAGAGUCAAUAGUUCCUGUUCUUACAUAUGCAGGGCUUUUGACAAUUCAAAUCUUUGGGUUUUUAUGUAUAGUUUCGUGGGCUGAGGAUAUGGGCGGGAUAAGCUCUACCCUAGGGUUGUCCUUUGGAGCCUUCUGUGCGAUGAUCAUGUUCUUUUUUGGAGCAGGAUACAUCUACAGGGGAACUCUUGGGAAAGGGACCGAUACAUCUUACAUUUCAUAUGUGUAUGUGGUUGCACUUUCUGUCGUACACUAUCCAUAUCUUAUGUUUGUAGGGCUGUUGACAAAAGGUAUAUGGAUGUUUCUCUGCAUGAUGGCCAUCACCUCUAUCUCCCAGUUUCUUAUCAGAACAUCAAUGCUAAGAAACCACAGCUUUGAAAACCACAGAGAUGGAUUUAUGUUUGAUAUCAUCACGUUUAUUCUUCAAUGUGGUUUUUGCUUUGGUAGCCUCUCUCUCUUUAGUUUAUUGUCCCCUGCUAACUAA